AUGUCGGAUUACAUGCAUGGACGACUUCUGUCCACGCUGUUUCAUCAGAUGUUCGAGUAUCAGCUUGAGGGAAUCGCCACAACCGGUGUGAUGCCAUCGGCAAACGGCGCAUUGUCGAAGCUUUUGUGCUCGUGCUAUCAUCCGAAGCAAGACGGUGAACUUCAUAAUGCAGCUGAUCGCUAUGAAGUUACCGAGAAAGAACAUCUGAAUCAUGGAGAGCCGAGAGAAGAGCCGAGACGAGAGAGUGCAGCGAAAGUGGAGGUGCUAGAAUAUAACGAAAAGAAAUUAGAAGAAGAAAAGACGGCAGCAAACGUCACCGAGGAAAAGGUGACUACACCUAUUGAAGAAGUCGCUGAAGAGCAGGGCGCUGGCGCAAGAAUGAUGCUGGCGGCCGUCAAUCCUUAUUCAUCGUCAUCGAACAACAAUCAUUUCCAGAUACAGGAUGUUACCGAUGAUCCAGAGUACUCGUCAUAUGAUAACGAAAAUGGAGCGUACGAAGAGGGAGCACUGGUCGAAUAUUGUCGUCUCGAUAAACAGAAGCAACCAUCUAUUCCACGUGUUUGUGAAGCAUCCACAGUAGUCUCGGCCAAGAUCAGAACACCACCACUUGUGACUCGUAGUUCGAUGUCUUCAACGGCUGGCGCCAAUGAGCGCCAGAUCAUCAUCGAAGAUGUUCCAGAGGGUGCAAAAUGCAAAGUUGUCGAUUGUCGAUGUAUUGGAUGGUACGAACAUCCGUGGAGAAAAGUUUGCGUGCAUUGCAAGUGCGACAAGAGCGAUCACGAGCUACCGCCGAAUCAGGCCGGAAGCGUUUACGAACGAUUAGGGAUCAAACCACCAGCCAACAUGCCGAUCAGCAGCACACGAGACGAUGGUGCACCCGGUUCAGUUAGCCACGGAUACGCAUGGGUCCCACCUGGAUUGACACGGAAGAAGGUGGAAGAAUACAUGGCACAAUUACCGAAUCAUAUCGUACCAAGAGUGAAUUCUAGCGGUGAAAAACAUCGCGAAAAACAGCUCCUCACUCAGCUGCCACGGCAGGAUCUAUCUGUUGCAUACUGCCGACAUUUAGGAUCGAACACUGAACGAAAGGUUUAUGAAGAAUUCAUCAAUGCCCGAAAUGAGAUUGCCCUCGAUAUCGGUUAUGUUGCUGCAAAUAUCCCUAAACGAAUGGAAUGUCACAAAUGCUCCGGAAUAUUGGAACGUGACGAAAUGGCUGUGAUAGCGCCAAAACUGGGCGAAUCCACCGGUUGGCAUCCGGCUUGCUUUACCUGUACCACCUGUGAACAGCUCCUAGUCGAUUUGACGUACUGCGUAAAGGAUGAUCAGAUCUACUGUGAGCGUCACUAUGCUGAGCUGCAUAAACCACGUUGCGCCGCCUGCGAUGAGCUGAUCUUCGCCGGCGAGUACACAAAGGCGAUGAACAAGGAUUGGCACAGUGAUCAUUUUUGCUGUUGGCAAUGUGAUCAAACGUUAACUGGACAAAGGUAUAUUAUGCGAGAUGAGCAACCGUAUUGCAUAAAAUGUUACGAGGACGUGUUUGCGAAUCAGUGUGAUGAAUGUGCAAAACCCAUUGGAAUCGAUUCAAAAGACCUUUCAUACAAGGACAAACACUGGCAUGAGCAUUGUUUCCUAUGUAAUAUGUGUAAAAUCUCCCUUGUCGACAUGCCCUUCGGAAGUAAGAACGAUCGGAUUUUCUGCUCCAAUUGUUAUGAUCAAGCAUUUGCCACACGAUGUGAUGGAUGUAAUGAGAUAUUUAGAGCAGGCAUGAAAAAGAUGGAAUACAAAGGAAAGCAAUGGCAUGAUAAAUGCUUCUGCUGUGCACAUUGUAAAAAUCCGAUUGGUACAAAAUCGUUUAUCCCGAAAAACGAAGAAGUCUAUUGUGGAUCAUGUUAUGAAGAGAAAUUCGCCACCAGAUGCAAUAAGUGUAAAAAGGUAAUAACAACCGGCGGUGUGACUUAUAAGAAUGAACCAUGGCAUCGAGAAUGUUUCUGUUGUACACAUUGCAACGUAUCUCUAGCAGGUCAAAGAUUCACAAGUAAGGACGAGAAACCAUACUGUGCAAAUUGCUACGGUGAACUAUUUGCGAAACGAUGCAAUGCAUGCACAAAACCCAUCACUGGUAUCGGUGGCGCAAAAUUCAUCUCCUUUGAAGAUAGACAUUGGCAUAAUGAUUGCUUCAUAUGCGCUCAGUGUACAACGUCAUUGGUAGGAAAGGGAUUUAUCACCGAUGGCACGGAUAUUCUGUGUCCGGAAUGUGCGAAAGCACGACUAAUGGCCGCAAAUUCAUAACCUCCGACUAUACUGACGUGUGAUCCCCAAUACUCAUUCAUUCAUUCAUUCGUUCAUUCAUUCAUUUUCUUUGCGUGGCAUUUGCUUUUUGAAUCCGUACAUGUGUUCAGUUCCGCCUCGUUUCAUUCAUGUUCUGUUCACAUAUUCUGCAAUUUUUCGUAGCGUUAGUGACAUUUUGUUACUGAAUUCGCCUCGCGUUAUCGCUGCCCCUCUGCUAUUGCAAUUUCUAUGAAAAAACUGGAGACAGACUCGACCCGGUAACUGUUUUGUCAGCGAGCAACAGCAGGCUCCGCCCUCAAUAUGCAUUUUCAUAUUUUCAACCCUGCAGUAUACGCAUCUUAGCCUCUGAAAGGGUAUAUUUUCAUAUUCGCAUUUUUUUGUGAAUCCAGUAAAAACACCAACAUGUCUAGUCACUCACUUUCCAUCAAUCCCCGUGGAAAAAAUUCCCCCCGAAAAUGUAGGUUUUAACUUUGCCCAAUCCUCAAAUUCUACUCUCGCUUGUAGUAGCUCUAAGCCCCGCCUACCCAUUUAGCGUGUCCAACAGAAUCACUCGCGCAACUGCUGGACGAAGAAAACUCGUCCGGAAAGGUCCGAGUGCAUUUGAAGCACAUCGAAGUCAGUGUGCGAGUUCUAGUAUACGGCGCUAACGACACGUCAGGCUCAGCAGCGUAAACUCGUCCUUCCAUUCUGUUUCUAACUUGUUCAGCGCAACGAGAUUUUAUAUGUAUAUACAUUCAAUGCUUUCUCGUCUGUACACCAUGUGUUCAAGUUGGCAUAUUUUUUUUCUUUAUUCAUCGUCGUCGUGUCGUUUUCGUCGACACGCAGAUAUUUUUUUCAAGUCAUUGUUAUAACUUAAUAAAUACAAUUUAACAAAAA